CGGAGCCCGGAGCCGCCGACCCGGGCCAGCGGCGGGCGGACGGACGGACGGACGCGGACGCGCGGCCCCUCCCUGCCGCCGCCGCCCGCCGGGGCGCCCACCCUGCCGGCGCGGCCCGGAGCGAUGACAUCGACGGGGAAGGACGGCGGGGCGCAGCACGCGCAGUAUGUGGGGCCCUACCGGCUGGAGAAGACGCUGGGCAAGGGGCAGACAGGCCUCGUGAAGCUGGGGGUUCACUGUGUCACGUGCCAGAAGGUGGCCAUCAAAAUCGUCAACCGGGAGAAGCUCAGCGAGUCUGUGCUGAUGAAGGUAGAGCGGGAGAUUGCCAUCCUGAAGCUCAUCGAGCACCCUCACGUCCUAAAGCUGCACGACGUUUAUGAAAACAAAAAAUAUUUAUACCUGGUGCUAGAACACGUGUCUGGAGGUGAGCUCUUCGACUACCUGGUCAAAAAGGGGAGGCUGACCCCCAAAGAGGCGCGCAAGUUCUUCCGGCAGAUCAUCUCGGCGCUAGACUUCUGCCACAGCCACUCCAUAUGCCACAGGGACCUGAAACCAGAGAACUUGCUGCUGGACGAGAAGAACAACAUCCGCAUCGCGGACUUCGGGAUGGCCUCCCUGCAGGUGGGCGACAGCCUGCUGGAGACCAGCUGUGGGUCGCCCCACUAUGCCUGCCCCGAGGUGAUCCGGGGGGAGAAGUAUGACGGCCGUAAGGCGGACGUGUGGAGCUGCGGGGUGAUCCUGUUCGCCUUGCUGGUGGGGGCGCUGCCCUUCGACGACGACAACCUGCGGCAGCUGCUGGAGAAGGUGAAGCGGGGCGUGUUCCACAUGCCGCACUUCAUCCCGCCCGACUGCCAGAGCCUGCUGCGUGGCAUGAUCGAGGUGGACGCCGCGCGGCGCCUCACGCUAGAGCACAUUCAGAAACACACAUGGUAUAUAGGGGGCAAGAACGAGCCGGAGCCUGAGCAGCCCAUUCCCCGCAAGGUGCAGAUCCGCUCACUGCCCAGCCUGGAGGACAUCGACCCUGAUGUGCUGGAUAGCAUGCACUCGCUGGGCUGCUUCCGCGACCGCAACAAGCUGCUGCAGGACCUGCUGUCCGAGGAGGAGAACCAGGAGAAGAUGAUCUACUUCCUCCUCCUGGACCGGAAGGAGAGGUACCCAAGCCACGAGGACGAGGACCUGCCCCCAAGGAAUGAAAUAGACCCUCCCCGGAAGCGUGUGGACUCCCCGAUGCUGAACCGGCACGGCAAGCGACGGCCAGAGCGCAAGUCCAUGGAGGUGCUCAGCGUGACGGACGGUGGCUCCCCGGUGCCCGCACGGAGGGCCAUCGAGAUGGCUCAGCACGGCCAGAGUAAAGCAAUGUUCAGUAAAAGCCUGGAUAUCGCUGAAGCCCACCCCCAAUUCAGCAAAGAAGACAGGUCUAGGUCCAUCAGCGGCGCCUCCUCAGGCCUCUCCACCAGCCCUCUCAGCAGCCCUCGGGUGACCCCUCACCCCUCUCCAAGGGGCAGUCCCCUCCCCACCCCCAAGGGGACGCCCGUGCACACGCCCAAGGAGAGCCCAGCCGGCACGCCCAACCCCACGCCGCCGUCCAGUCCCAGCGUUGGAGGGGUGCCCUGGAGGACACGGCUCAACUCCAUCAAGAACAGCUUCCUGGGGUCGCCCCGCUUCCACCGCCGGAAACUGCAAGUUCCAACGCCAGAGGAGAUGUCCAACCUAACCCCGGAGUCGUCCCCAGAGCUCGCCAAGAAGUCCUGGUUUGGGAACUUCAUCAACCUGGAGAAGGAGGAGCAGAUCUUCGUGGUCAUCAAGGACAAGCCGCUGAGCUCCAUCAAAGCAGACAUCGUCCACGCCUUCCUGUCGAUCCCCAGCCUCAGCCACAGCGUCAUCUCCCAAACCAGCUUCCGGGCUGAGUACAAGGCAACGGGGGGCCCAGCGGUGUUCCAGAAGCCAGUCAAGUUCCAGGUGGACAUCACCUACACUGAGGGGGGUGCAGCACAGAAGGAGAAUGGCAUCUACUCUGUCACGUUCACGCUUCUGUCAGGCCCUAGCCGCCGCUUCAAGAGGGUCGUGGAGACUAUUCAGACCCAGCUGCUGAGCACACACGACCAGCCCUCCACCCAGCAUUUGUCAGACACCACUAACUGUAUGGAAAUGAUGACGGGGAGGCUUUCCAAAUGUGGCAGCCCAUUGAGUAACUUCUUUGACGUAAUUAAACAACUUUUUUCAGACGAGAAGAACGGGCAGGCGGCCCAGGCCCCCAGCACGCCCGCCAAGCGGAGUGCCCACAGCCCACUCGGUGACUCCGCGGCCGCUGGCCCCGGCCCUGGAGGGGACGCCGAGUACCCAACGGGCAAGGACAUGGCCAAGACGGGGCCGCCCGCCGCCCGCCGCGAGCAGCCUUAGACACAUAGCCCCUCCCCCAGCACGGCCCUGACAGUGGCCACCAAGGCCGCCUCACCGCCCACUCGCCACCCGCUGCCCGCCCUGCGUGGACCAGGGCCGCGCCCAUCUGUCCGUCUAGACUGUUGUGAAGCCGGGGAGGGAAGGAGAGGGGGACCGUGCGGCUGGGCCUGCCCGUGCCCGCUCUCUCCUUCUCUCGCUGUCUGUCUCUCUGCCUGUCUCUUACAACGUCACUGUUUCCACUCUGAUACCAGGAAUUAUCCCGAAAAGUUAACAUGUCACCUCCACGAGGCCAUCCUCUGUGCUCCGCGCUGGACACGAGCUGACCGAAGGCAGCUGCUGUGGACCUGCCCUCUCCUGCUGCUGCCUGCCGGGCGGCGAGGCCUGCCCACCCGCCGCCUCCAUCCACCUGCCUGCGGGUGGCUCUGCCCCGUUUCAGCUCCGCAUGGCCAGGGGGAGGAGGACCUGGCUCCGAGGGGAAGCCACCUCCAGCCCAGCAGAUCGGACUCGCAGUGACUAGAGCCCUCGGCAGGUCCAGCCUGCCCAGGCCACCUCCAGGGCGCAGCCUGUGGUGGGCGAAGCGGCCAUAGGCGCCCAGCCAGCCUGCCCGCAGCCUCUCCUCGGCACCUCUCCUCCCCGCCGCACCCUCUCCUCGUCCCAGCACCUUGGCGCCGCCCCCGCCACUAGUUUGCAUCCCAGUCCUCCAUGACUCACGGGGCGGGGCUGCUGCGCUCUCUCGGGCGCUGGCGUCCUUCCUGGCUGAGGUGGAGAGACCUCAGAGGCCCCAGAGCCGCCUGCCCGCCCCGGGGCCGGCCCACAUCAGUGUUAUUUAUUUGCUGUUUUAACUUAUUGAGUGUCUUUACUUCUCUGUUCAGGGAAGGGGCAGCAGCAGCGUCUUCCUGCCGUCUGUCUGUGUGUGUCCGUGUGUGUGUGUGUGUGUCUCGGGCAGGGUGGGGUCCGGGGCCGAGGGGCCAAGGACGGAGCCGUUGGAGUGCCGGGGGGCAGGCCGGUGGGUGCGGCGCCAGCAACUACUGUAAACUUUAAAGAAUUCCUGCAAGAUAUUUUUAUAAACUUCGUUUUCUUGGUUCUUUUUGGAAAAGGGUGUGUGGGAGCCGCCGGGCAGGGUGAGGCUUUGUGUUCAGGUCUUGGCUCUUGGUUCUUUCUAUAGACAUACACACAUAUAUAUAUUUAAAGACUGCGCGGUCACUCCUGCGGCUGAGGUCGUCAGGCCCAGGCCAGGGCCAUCUCUGUUCUGUGUCCGAGAGUGGGUGGCAGAGGAGGGCCCCGAGCCGGCCUCACCCACACACAGGACGGCAGGGGCACUGCAGCGGUUUUUUACUAAAAUGACAAAAAGUAAAAAAAAAAAGGAAAACAAAGGACAAAAGAGAAAGUGAGCAGCACUCUCUGCAGUGUGUUCUUGGGACACUUCAGCUGGGCCGCUUCUGCUCGAGUUUCUUCUGUGGGUGCGGCCAGCCCGGUGGCCGGGAUGCAUGCCUCGGCUUGGUCAGUCCAUUUUGCUUUGGUGUCUCCCGCUGCCCCGCCCGUUGCGGGUGGAUUUUACCGCUUCUAUUACAUUGACCCCCUCCUGCAGGCUGGGAUUUCCACACGUAAGAAAAAUUCAACACCCAUAUCAGCAACAGCCACGCCGUACAGCGGGAGGGGCUGCUCCAGAGACAGAGGACGCCGAAAGCAAUACCUCUUGUUCGCCUUCCUCUUUUGUACUUGGGACACACGCAGACAUCACGACCCGGACAAGCCCCACUCAGUGUAUUCCCUGUCCAAUAACUGUGAGCAACUUUAGUUCCGGAACAAUAAAUUCCUUCAGUAAAGACA